AUGUCGUGGUGCGUCGCGCUGGAGGUCGCAGUGAGGGGGAAGUCGACCAUCCGGUACUACUACUUCCCCAACCCCUACCACCGGUUCGGCAUGGCGGCGUCGUUCACGACGGCUGUCGAAACCCCUUGGUUCACACCGGUGGUCAAUCUCAGCAACCUCUCCGUUUCGGACGACGACGUUGUCAAGGCCCAGCUCACGGUUGACCAGCUCCGGGGCAUGGCUGUGGAGGACAUGCAGCGGUUCCGGGUGCACAAGCCGGCCGCACUGGACUAUCCUGAGGCUCCAGUGCCCGUGCCCGCCAAGUUCAUCGGUCUCUGGCUCGGCGACGGAAAUCGCGCCAACACCGGUAUCACCAACAAUCACCAGAAGGAAAUCAUCGACUACCUCCACGAGAUUUGCGGCAUGUUCGACCUGCACUUGAAGUACUACAGCGGUGUGCAGUACGGCUUGACGUCGGGUACCCGCUCGUCAAAGGCGUUGCCGGAAACCAAGGACGCAGAGGAACGUGGAGAGCUGGAACCGCGACUCCGGAGGCGGGAGAUGAAGGAGUUGAUGGAUGAGGGCUAUACUCGCGUGCGCCGGGGGGAUGACGGGUACAAGGCCAAGAAGCGACGGCUGGGCCCCGCUUCCUCCGCAUCCACCUCAUCCACCACCCCGUCAAUUGACGGCGCUCCGCCUGUUCCACCGCCCAGCACCGAUGGCAUCUUCGAGGACGUGGACAUCGACGACAACGUACUGCAGUCCAAGAAGCGAUUCCGUCAUGUCCGCCGCAUAGUGCGGAAGGUCUCACAGCAUGAAGCGGACGACAUCGCGGACAACAUGCUCCAUCCCCCCGCUGCAACAUCACGAUCAUUCGAGCCCGAUGCCCACAUGCCAACCGGCAAGGGCUGCAAUCGCCUGUUGACGGCCAUGAAGAACUUGAAGCUCAUUUACGACUACAGGAAGUAUGGCAAGGGCCCGGCCCGUGACUCCAAGCGCGUCCCACCGGAGUACAUGUUCAACUCCCGGGCGGUGCGACAGGAUCUGCUGGCCGGGCUCAUCGAUGCCGACGACUCGGACGAGUUCUCCAUCAACAUCUUUCAGCUUUGGCAGACCCCCAAAUGGCAUAUGGGUCGACCCCACGUAAGAAGGACUCAACUCGUCAUCAUGCUCGAGGACGCCCGUGAGCGUCUCAAGAUCGCGGAGACUGCAAUGGAGGAGUACGACCCCAAGGCAAAGAGGGCGCGUCCAUACAUGCAGGUCCUGCAUGACUACAUCAAGGCAUAUGAGGAGGUCAAGUGCCUCGAGCAGAUGGUGGCCGGCGCAUGAAGGAAGGCGGGGUUCCGUGGAUGAGGGGGAUGUACCUCCGAUGCUCGUCCAAGUUCUCGAUUUCGGGCGCAGUGCUCGAUUUCCG